AUCAUGUACAACGGGCAGCCCAUCACCAAACUGGCCUGCGGGGCCGAAUUCAGCAUGAUCAUGGAUUGCAAAGGCAACCUCUACUCCUUCGGGUGCCCCGAGUACGGGCAGCUGGGGCAUAAUUCGGAUGGGAAAUUCAUCGCCCGGGCGCAGCGGAUCGAGUACGACUGCGAGCUGGUGCCGCGCCGCGUGGCCAUCUUCAUCGAGAAGACCAAAGAUGGGCAGAUCCUGCCCGUCCCCAACGUGGUGGUGCGGGACGUGGCGUGCGGCGCCAACCACACGCUGGUCCUGGACUCGCAGAAGCGCGUUUUCUCCUGGGGAUUUGGGGGUUACGGGCGGCUGGGCCACGCCGAGCAGAAGGACGAGAUGGUGCCGCGCUUGGUGAAGCUCUUCGACUUCCCGGGACGUGGGGCGGCGCAGAUCUACGCGGGCUACACGUGCUCCUUCGCCGUCAGCGAGACAGGAGUUUGUUUUUUUUGGGGUGCCACCAACACCUCCGUGGCCAUGGGCUACGCCCACUCCCUGGUGAUCGCCCGCGACGAGACCGACGCCGAGAAAGAGAAACUCCGCAAACUGCCCGAAUACAACCCCCGCACCAUCUGA